AUGCCAGCCCCAGCCGAUUCCCCGUUUUUGUCAGAAAAUCAGACUGGCACAGUUUAUAUUCGGAUAGCUAUACCAGAACUUAAAAUACAGAAAUGUCUACAGUUUGAAUUAGAUGAUACAGUAUGGCAGGCAAAACAACGAGUUUUAGCAGCAUUUUCAAAGGAUCUGAGAGAUUCAUUAAAUUAUGGAUUAUAUUUACCACCAGUAAAUGGAAGAGCAGGGAAGUUUCUUGAUGAGGAAAGAUUUCUUAAAGAAUAUCCUUUACAAGGGCCCAUUGGUUUUCUAGAGUUUAAAUACAAGCGAAGAGUUUAUAAGGUGAUGCAAAUUAAUCCACGUAAACUGAAACAGCUUCACACCAAGACCCAGUUGAAGAACUUCCUGGAACAAGUACGCAAUGGAAAUUUAGAUAAAGUUGUCAAGUUAACAAAUAAAGGUUUAGAUCCGAAUUUUCAUGAUCCAGAUAGUGGUGAAACACCAUUAACCAUGGCAGUGACAUUAUCACGUGAUAAAUGUAGAGAAAUGAUAAUGAGUAUUGUAAGUGGUGGAGCUCAUAUAGACUUCCGUAAUAAACAGGGCUUAACACCCAUGCAUCAGGCAGCAAUACGAGGAAAUUUAGAAGCAAUCAGAGCAUUAUUAGAUCUUGGAGCAUCACCUGAUUAUAAAGAUUAUCGGAAUUUAACGCCAUUAUAUUACUGUGUGUCCAAUGAUACCAACGCUAUGUGUGUGGAAACAUUGUUACAUGAAAGAGCUGUGAUAGGAACACAUGAUGAACAAGGCUGGUUUGAGAUACAUCAGGCUUGUCGCUAUGGGCGAGUACAACACUUAGAGCAUUUAUUAUACUAUGGUGGUGAUAUGGAUGUUCAGAAUGCUAGUGGUAAUACACCUCUACAUGUGUGUAGUGUUAAUAAUCAGGAAUCUUGUGCUAGAGUUUUAUUAUUUCGUGGUGCUAAUAAAGAAAUCCUCAACUACAAUAAUCAAACACCAUAUCAAGUAUGUAUGGUGGCUAAUAAUCAUGAUUUAGCAGAUAUGAUUAAAAACUAUAGAACAGAAGAUGUGGUUCCUUUCCGAGAAAUUCCUAAGUAUAGUGAUAGGAGAAAAUUGACCACUAUGCCAUCUACCAUCAGAAAUUUAGUAAGAUGUCGAAGUGAUCCUAGGUUGAAUCUCAGUAUGUUGGAAGAACAAUUUAUAAAAUCGGGAAUGUCCAACCAUAGUUUACCCAAUAGUGAACAUGAUAAUGGAUCGUACACACUGUCAAGGGAAUAUAACUCUGAUUCACCUAGAUCUCUCAGUAUCUCCAGUUCCAGUUCUGGCCCAGUGUUAAGUAAUGAUCAAGGUUUCUAUGAAGGCAGAAGUGAUGGUAGUUAUUUUCCUGGUCAGAUACAAGAUUCACAGAUUAGAAGAGCUGGUUCAAUGGGAAAUCUUAUAGGAGACACUGUCACUUUAAAUCGGAAUACAUUAGCUGCCUUAGUACAACAACAGAGUCAUGGUGGAGUACAAACUACAGGGGAUAAGCCUUCUCAGGCAAAAUAA